AUGAAUAAAAUAUUUUUAUAUUCAUUAUUAUUUUAUUUAUUAUUUAUUUUUCUCUCAAAAUUUGUUAAUUCUGGAAUGAUUAAUGUUUGUAGUGAAAUGAGAGAUUGUGCUGCUUGCACAAAUUCUUAUAUAAAUAUUUUAACUUUUCGUGAGCAUUGCAGAUGGUGUUAUUCAACAAAUUCUUGUGGAGGACCACUUUCCUGUCCGAGUGGUGUAGCUGUCGCUACAAGAGAUCCAUUUAAAUGUCCAUUAAAAAUAUCUAAUGCAAAAGGACGUAGAUAUACAGAUAAAUUAGGAAGAUCUUUAUAUGCACUUACUUUGGCUGCUAAACAAAAAGAUCCAACAUUUUGUUUAAAAAAUAGUAGAAGUGAUGUAAAGUAA